GACUGGUACAUAUUCCAAUCUACAAAACAGCACCUUUGGUUGUGGUUAUUAAACGUGGCAAUACAGCUAGUGUUGAUACCGGUAAAUGUUUUUUUGACACUGCACAUUUUAUUCAGAUAGAAAAAUGUAUGUAAACGGGGCUCAAUUGCUUUCAUUGUUACUGUCAAUGACUACUAUCAACAUGGAUCCCUCACGAUCUUGUUUUACUACAUGUAAUAGUAUUGUUCUAUAAUAACUUGUACACCCAUCCCCCACGUCGACAUACUUCGAAAGGACCUACCCGCGAAGGGUGAUUUCAAUAGUGGAGCUUGGUGCUGUCACAUUCCCGAACUCAGCAGAGAGAUGUCCACCCCGGACCCCCCCAUGGGAGGGACGCCCUGGCCGGGCCCCUUCCCAGGACCAGGGCUUUCUCCAGGAGCCAUGAUGGGCCCCAGCCCUUCCCCAGGCUCUGCUCAUAGCAUGAUGGGACCCAGCCCAGGUCCCCCAGCCUCUGGACACCCCCACCCUCAACAGGGGCCCUCAGGAUAUCCUCAGGAGAACAUGAACCAGAUGCACAAACCUAUGGAAGGCAUGCAUGAGAAGGGCAUGCCUGACGACCCUCGCUACGGACCGAUGAAGGGCAUGAGACCAGGUGGAGGCCACAUCGGAAUGGGACCCCCUCCUAGCCCCAUGGACCAACAUUCCCAAGGCUACCCCUCUCCACUGGGGGGUUCUGAGCACUCUCCCAGCCCUGUGCCAGCCAACGGCCCUUCCCCCGGCCCCAUGAUGCCCUCCGGCCCUGGAGGUGUCCCCAUGGAGGGCGGUGACCCCAAGGCCACGGGCCAGCAGGACUGCGGUGGUGUCCUGAGUUUUGGUUCUGUGCCAGGUGGGGUUGGGCCGGGUGGAUCUACCCCCUUCAACCAAAACCAGCUGCACCAGCUCAGGGCCCAGAUCAUGGCCUACAAGAUGCUGGCUCGCAGCCAGCGCCUGCCAGACCACCUGCAGAUGGCCGUGCAGGGCAAGAGGCCCAUGCCAGGGAUGCAGCAGCCAGGGAUGCCCAACAUGCCCCCUUCCUCUGGGCCCGGAGCAGGGCCUGGGGCGGGGCCCGGACAGCCACCAGCAGACUACAACAGACCUCUUGGAAUGGUAGGCCCCAACAUGCCUCCUCCAGGACCCUCAGGUGUUCCCCCUGGUAUGCAGGGCCAGCCCUCCAACGGACCCCCUAAACAAUGGGCCGAAGGGCCCAUGGUGAAUGCUGCUGCUCCAUCCAGUGCCCCCCAGAAGCUGAUUCCCCCUCAGCCCACUGGCAGACCCUCCCCUGCUCCCCCCUCCGUGCCCCCAGCUGCCUCCCCGGUCAUGCCCCCUCAGACCCAGUCCCCUGGGCAGCCCUCCCAGCCCCCACCCAUGGUGCUGCACCAGAAACAGAACCGCAUCACGCCCAUCCAGAGGCCCCAUGGCCUGGACCCAGUGGAGAUCCUCCAGCAGAGAGAGUACAGGCUGCAGGCUCGAGCGCUGAGGCGCGUAGCACGUAAAAAUCGUCUGUCCUCGGUUGCAACACUCACUACCAAGUUCCAAACUGCCUCUGGAAGC